AUGUCGCUGCUGCAGAAUGAAGACUUCGUUCUGUACCAACUCCGCACCGCCUAUCUCUCCAGCAUCAAGGACGGCGUCGGCGAACGCCUGAUCAACGUCAACACCUCCGUCCUCAACAACCCGGCCUUCCGCGCCGCCGGCUGGCUCCCAAACGCCUCCGAGAUCAAGCGCACCUACUCGCCCCCGAUCCCCACCGCCGUCGCCUCCGACUACUUCCAGGCUCCCCGCUCAGCUGGCCUCAGCGGGCCCAACUUUGGCGAUGAUGAGGAAGAGGGCGGCAUGGUCACCGGCGGGGGCAUGAGCAACGAGACGGUUGGCCCCGGCAUGACGACGCGGAGGCGCCGCCGCAAGGAGCAGGUCGACGAGGACGACAGCAGCGAUCUGAGCGACGACAGCGACGAGGAUGCCGAGGGACAGCGCGCCGCUCAGCAGAUCAAGUUCACAAAGAUGCCCGUCCGCUCUCGCGCUGGCUCGUCGCCGCUGCAGAAGACGCGCCUGGCCGAAGCCCCCGAGAUGAUCAUGGUCACGUCGCCGUCGAGGCAUUCCGAGAGCGCACGCUUGCGCCGCGGCUCUCUGGGAGAUGUGGAAACCAAGGAGAGAGGGCGGCGAGACACGAUCACGAGCAGCGAAAUGUCGUCCGAGAACGAGCUUGAUCCGUCCGUGUUCAAGAGGAAGCAGAUCAACCCGCGUAGGGCUGCGCGAGCUACCAAUAUGCUGUCCGAAAGGAUUGAGCGGAUCGAGGAGGGCGACGGUGAGGAACUCGAGCCCGCAGAGUCGGAAGACAGUGACCUCGAUUCAGACUUUGCCGGCACGGCAGACUCGAACUCCUUGCUCGGCGUGGAUGCUGAUCCCCUCGAUUCUACUCCCCCUCCAAAAGCUAUCCCGAACAUGCCUCCAGCCAUCACUCCCCACAACUCGUCGCCGAACAAGAAAUCAAGACAGGCCCAAACCGUGCUGCCGACUUUACCACCGCCGCGGCCCAUCAGUGUUGUCCAGCCCGUUAGCGCCCUUACCCAAGCACUCAAAGCCAAAAGCAAGGCGCCCGAGGACCCAUUCCAGAGGUUUGCCAUAUUAUCUGGCAAGGGCGACCCCAGUCCCUUGUACAUCAAGAUAUAUGCGCCGUUCUCUAAGAAGCCUAGCAAGCCGUUUGAGAUGCUUCUUCGCAAGACCGUCGAUGAAGGGACCAAGGUGACAGUAGCAGAAGCUAUCGGGUUGGCCCUCUGGCGUUACCAGGAGGAAACCCUUGAGCCGCCAAUAGAUCCCCAGAAGAAGAACGUCAACUGGUGGGUUCUGAGGAUGAUCGAGGAUGAGGAGGUCGACUAUGAAUUCCCAGCGUUCAGUCGCACCCGCCCCGUCCAAGACUUUACUUCGACCAACAACCGCCCCGCCAGAGGCCGGUCACGCGACAAGCCAUGGGACGAAUUCGCCCUGGUUCAAGCAUCCCCGGAAGAGUAUGCAGAGAACGAAAAGGCCACUCCGCAGUACAGCCAAGAAGCCGUAGAAACGCCAGCGAGCGGCAGCACCAACGAGCUGCAAAAGAUGCCCUCGCCGACAGCGAUGGCCAGCUCCGCGCCGUCCAACAACUCCGCACCCACGCCCGCUCUCCUCGGCCCGUACCAGAACCCGAUCACGGGCCCGUCGUUUGCGCCCAGUGCCGCGCGCAAGGACAGCAACAACCUGCUGGACGCGCCGGCGGCGCCCGUCUCGCAGUCGGCGUCGCGCAACGGCGCGCCCAAGACGCUGACGAUCCACUUCGUGUCCGACGACUUCACGACGCGCAUCUCGCGGCUCGAAUUCACGACGGACACGUACCUAGCCGAAGUCUUCGACCGCGUAUGCCGCGACCUGCACGUCGACAAAGCGCUGUACGUGCUCAAAGUCAGCGGCACGAGCACGGUAGCGCCAUCCGACCGGACAGUGGAAGCGCUAGGCGCACGCACCGAGCUGGACCUGACACGGCGGCGAUUCGUAGGGGACGGGGCGUUCGGGCUGUCCGGCAGCCCGGGGAGUUCGAGCCCGAACGCGCCGCUGCUGAUCAGCACGGGCGGCACGCCCAAGAAGAGCAAGAAGCACGGCAGCGGCAGCGCGGGCGCCCUGCUCCACCCCCUCGCCCAGAAACACGACGCCCUGCUCAGCCUGACCGCCGCGAACGCGCCUUACAAGCGCUACAUCGUCACGCGCAAGCAGCCCAUGUCCUUCACGAGCAGCAGCACGCGCGUCCUCGCGCUGGAUGGCGAGUACAUGCACAUUAUGCCGGCGGACACGACGAUGGCGGGGGCGGGGGGCGGCGGCGGCGGCGGCACCAAGGCUGGCCAGGGCACGGGCAAGACGACUACGGUGCAUUUUUCGAGCGUGGUUGGCAGUAAGGUCAGCUCGAAGCAUCCGAAGACGUUUAGGGUCGUUGUGUAUAGGGAGCGUGAGAGUAAGCGCUAUGAUUUUGAGGCGAAGAAUAGGGAUGAGGCGGUCGAGAUUGUGCGCGAGGUGAAGAAGGGCGUGGAGAGGUUUCAAGAGGGGUGGGUUUAG